UAAUGAUAGGAACGAUUAAAUUCCAACUCACGACUCGAAGGGUGAAGGAAGAGCGAAGGAGCGAUGACUUCGCCUCGCCGGUCUCCUAUGCGAGACGCGGAGAAUUCGACCACGCCGCUGUCUCCGCCGGCAAAGACACCGUCGAGACCCCAAACUCCGGCGCGAGAAGACAGACCCGUGGCCUCCCCUCUCCGAUCGCUGGUGUCUUCGCCGGCGAAGACACCGUCGAGACCCCAAACCCCGGCGCGAGAAGACGGGCCCGUGGCCUACCCUCUCCGAUCGCCGCUGCGGCGCGCCGAGCUCCCGACCCCGCCGCGCACGCCCCCGGACGAACCAGCGCCGCCUCCGGCGGUCACGAUCGCGAACCGGCUGACCCGGGACGGCGUCUCCCCGGCCGAGAAGGAAAUUAGCGAGGGCGGCGGCGGAGUGCGGGCGGGGGAGGGGGGAUCCGUGAGGGGAGCGCUUGGACUCCGGGUGGCGGCGUUCGUGCUUUCUAUGAUCGCCUUCUCGGUGAUGGCCGCCGACAAGACCGACGGAUGGGCGGGCGACUCGUUCGACCGCUACAAAGAAUUCCGAUACUUGGUGGCGGUAAAUGUGCUCGCCUUCGCGUACUCGGCGUUUCAAGUGUGCGAGAAAAUCUACCGUAAGAUCUGCACGAGGCAUAUCAUGAGCCGUCGGAUGGGUUGCUACUUCGAUCUCUCGAUGGAUCAGAUACUGGCGUACCUUCUGAUGUCGGCAUCGUCAGCGGCAGCCUCUCGCAACGACGUCUGGGUAUCAAGAUUCGGGAGCGACGGAUUCACUCACAAAGCCAACGCUUCCAUCGCCAUGUCCUUCCUCGCGUUCGUCGCCCUUGCUCUGAGCUCGCUCGUCUCUGCUUACAAGCUGUUCGGAAGGAGUUCUUGAGAGGGAAGCAGAAAUUUUGAAUGAUGUAAAUUUGUCGUGCAUAGCAAUACAUCCAAAGACAUCACUUUUCUUUUUUCUUUUCAGAUUUGUUCCGUCGCGACUUACAUAAGUGUAUGCUUACUCGACAUUUCCAUAAGAAAUGUUUGGGGGAUCGCCCCUUUUUGCUGCC